AUGGAGCGGUCUACAAAGGCGGACAGGGUUGUCAUUGACAAAACCCAUUAUGAAAGAGUGGUACUUGCAUUUGAAACUGAUGACGUGUGUGCGCUUGAAACGUCGGCGAAGCGCGCCAUCGGUGACAAGGCGGCCGCCGCAGACUAUUCUUGGGACGAGGUGGCCUCGAGUUUCAUGAAUAUGCACGCCGGCUCCCUGACCGGAGCACCCGGCCUGUCCUGGGUGGCUCUACCCGCGAGUACACGCGGCGCCGCCGUGUGUGUUGCAGGCUUCAACACGUACACGUUCAACGAGACGGCGCACACUCCGCGGGAGCCGGACGAGAUCCUGAGCGUGACGUACGAGGACGGCAAGUGGAGCAAGCCGUACUACGACUGCGGCGGCGGCAACAUCUGGAUGCUCACGUACACCGUGCCCUUCUUCGGCUACAACGGGUCCUACUUCUUCAAGGGCACCAGCGGUAUCGACAUCGACCUGAGGCGAGUCGACAUCGACCAGUGCCCCCUUCCGCCUGGCAGCACUCAGCUCAACAUCUUCGCCGCGUCUGACAAGUGCAAGGAACGGACCACUCAGUGCGUUCCGCUGCCGGGUCUCGGCUUCCGGCGCGGCAGCUACAAGUGCGUCUGCCGCAAGGGCUUCUACUUCCCCGACGUGCACGCCCGCUACCGGUACUUCAACGGCUCCAUCAUCGAGGAAGAGUACGAGAAGCUGAUGAUGGGCCGGCAGAACCUGUACAGCGCCGAGGGCAGCUUCGAGUGCCUGGCGUGCGCCGAGGGCUGCGACUCGUGCGUGGACGACCGGCCGUGCGUGGUGUCGCUCAACUGGGUGAUGCGCACCGCCAUCCUGGUGCUCUCGUGCAUCGUCAUCUGCUGCCUGCCCGUCGUCGUGCUCUUCACGUGGAAGUACGGCAACGUCAAGGUGGUACGGGCAGCCAGUCCAGUUCUGCUUCGAGUCAUCGCGUUGGGCGCGUUCUUCAUCUACUGCACGACGAUAGUGAUGUACCCGACGCCCAACGUGGUGACCUGCACGCUGAGGGUGUGGCUGCGCGAGAUCGGUUUCUCGCUCACGUACGGCGCCCUCAUGCUCAAGACGUGGAGGAUAUCUGUGAUAUUUCGGGUGCGGUCGGCGAAAGCGAUCAAGAUCACCGACUUCGACCUACUGAAGCGCCUGGGUGUGAUCGUGGCCGUGUUCAGCGUCUUCCUGGUGAUCAGGACGCUGGUGGCGCCGCCGCACGUGAUCGUGGGCCGAACCGCCGACGACCUCAAGGCGUACCUCUGCCGCACCGACUGGUGGGACCACUCCUUCACCACCAUGGAGGUGAUGUUCCUGGUGUGGGGCAUUCGGCUGUGCAUCGUGGUGCGAAAAGCCCCCUCAGAGUUCAACGAGAGCCGCUUCAUCUCCAUGGCCAUAUACAACGAGUUCCUUCUCUCCGUCUUCCUCAACGUAUCCAUGUUGUUCCUGCAGUCGCCCGCCAACCCCGACCUGUUGUACAUCAUCUUCUUCUGUCACACGCAGCUAACGGUCACACUGCUGCUCGGACUCAUCUUCGGCAGCAAGGCGUACCUGGUGCUGAAGGGCCACGGGAAGCUGGAGCAGGAGGGCAGCAGCGCGGCGCCGCGCCCGCAGGCGGCCAAGUUCCUGUCCAAGGCGCGCUCCGCCAACUCGCAGUGCCUGCCCUCUACCAACUCCUCCGCCGCGGAGCUCACCGGCCGCCUCUCCGACGUCGACGUCCAGGAGGAGUUCCAGCGGGUGUACGCGCAGCUGGAACUGCUCAAGGAGAAGAACAUGCGGCUGGGCAACCGGCACCUGGCGGCGCGCAUCUCCGCCAUGCAAGAGGCGGCGCGGUCGCCGGGCCUGCCCGAGGAGGCCGCCCCCGCCGCCUCCGCCGCCUCGCCGCCCCCGCAACUCAACAGCGCGCUGGCCGCCGUCGCGGAGCGCCUCGUCGGCACGUCGGUGCCGGCGGCCGCCGCGGCGUCUCCCCUCCCGACCGCCGCCUCCGCCAACACCUCUUGCUCGGAGGCGGCCGCGGCCUCCGCCAACGAGCUGGAGCUCUCGACGGCCCUGGACCCGCUGUCUUCGUCAGCCGCGGCCGCCGCAGUCGCCGCCGCCGCCGUGGGGGCGCCGUCCUCCACGGUGGUGCACAGACGAGGUUCCAGAAGGUCCGCCGCCGAUGCCGAUGGCGCGGCGUCCACCAGUCCGGACCAGCGACGCAACCGCAACCUCAAGUCCGGUCACGCCAGGACGCACGCCAUCGUCAUCAACCUCGACGACAAGAACCGCUUUACCGAGGAAGUGACGGUGUGACGCUGUCACCGCCUCCAGCCCGCGGCCGGUGCUGUCACGACCCCACGCGUGAGCUGCGUGUCAGCUCCAUCCUGCGUAUUCCUUGACGCUGCAAGGAAGCUGUCGCUCCUCCCCCGUUUCCUUUGACCUUAUUCUGAGAACCACCGUCCAUACGAAAAUUCCGAACUGUUAAUUUUGUUCCGAGCACAUUGCUUGAGAUCUCCACGAAUCGUUGGAUCCGGUUUGUGGGUGCCGUCUGGCCUAAAGGAUAACAGUGCAGUAUCAAAGUAAAAUUGUUAAUUGUAAUACUUGAAUUUGUAAAUAUUUACCAGGCUGUCGUCGUACCUGCAUAAUAUUGAAGUAUUGUAUCAGAAUCACUGACUGUAUCUGAGGACUAUAUCUACGGACACUGAUAGAGCCUCUACUUUGACAUAAGUGGUUCACGCUAGUGCAGUUACGGAAGGGAUCUGAAGAGAACAACUCCUCAUCCAAGCCCGUUUGGAUGAAUGUUCUUCUCAGUACAUUAUAGCUACACGAGCUGACCCUCCUCUUAUCGCACAAGCUCCACAACGUCGUUUCUCCCACAGGAUUAUAAAUUACUAUAGAAGCCCUGACUGGCCAAUAAUGAAUGAUGUGUCGUUCACAAUAAAACAUGAAUUGCUAUAACGGUGAUAAUACUUAAAACUUAUCUGUUCUCCUAAUGUGUCCUCGUCCAUGACGGAUAUGACGUCACUCCACCAACUGGAAUACUCUUCAAGUCGGUAAUUCACUUCUACCCCACCCAUUCUACCUGUGUUCCCUUCCCGCACUUAAUUAGGCUAUAUCGCUUGCCAAAGCGAACUGAAGACCUGUUUGGGGUGGAUUCACCGUGGCAUUUUUGCCUGAGACACAGAGAGACGCCAACAUCGUUUUAGGUCCUGAGAAUGGUCAUGCCAUGUCCUUCAGAUCUAGCUCCCUUACGGCAGUAAACGACCAUUUAUAAGAAUGACACAAAGGUAUCAUACUAAUGACACUUCUCCAGCAGUAACCGUAGAGACAAUUUCCACGGAGAUGUCGGUUCGUCAUCUUCUGUUUGAGUCAAA